AUACGAAAUUUAAAUAAUGAAACUUUUGUAAAUUAAUAUCUCUAUAAAUUAAUAAAAUUUCAAAAGUCCCAACAUUAUUAAUUAUAGUGGUUCUACUGUAUAUGAUUUGAGGAUCAUUUAAAAAGAUGUAACCUGUUAUAAAUUAUGGAGUGGAUUGCCAUUAACCAACACAAGAGGAGAAAGCCCGUCGGCCACAUCAAGCCCAACCGUGGCCGCAAGGAGGAGAGAGAGUCGGCCACAGCCUUAGCUGACUUAGGAUAUAAAUAGUUUCAUUUUCCUAUGUUUUAGUAGUUUUCCUAUUUCCUCUUUGGAUAAGGAUAUGUACACUUUCCUUUUAUCUUUAUCUUGUAAUCCUUAUGUAAACGAACCCCCUUGAUCAUUAAUAAGAACACAGAAGAAUUCAGUCUCUAAACUCUCUAUUUACAACACGUUAUCAGCACGGUAGACUCCAAAACCCUGAGACAAAACCUAACCUAAAAUUCAUCACACAUAAACCCUAAAUCAGGCGCAACUUAAAAUCGAUCUAUCUCUCUAACCCUGAGGAACCAGACAACAAGCCACAUAUCAAUUUGAAGCUCUGGACGAGACAAAUCCAUCAGCGCAAACCGUUCGUCGAUCCGAUCUCAGACGCGCCCUCACUCGCAGAAACAAUACGCGGCGCCGUCUUGGUCUUUUGGAACCCUAAUCCCGAAAAAUCCUAAAUUGUUCUUGCUUGCGUUCCGGCUUGCAAACUCCGAUCAAGCUCAACUCCGAUCAAGCUCAGCUCCAGACGUUCCCUGUCCGUGAUCAACGUCCUCAGCCUCAGCACAGCUUGCGUCCAGCUCAGACCAAAUCCCCGACCAAACACAACCGUCUGCGAGAAGAUACAAGCUCGCGAUAGCCCUCGGCAACGCGACCCGAUAGGAGCCGUCUCACGCCCGUUCGUCUUAGCUCGUCUCUGAUCUUUGGAGGUCCGGUUUCUACAAUCUGCAAAACAAGGGUAAUCCUAAAUUCUAAGAACAUGAAUCGAACCUGGUUGUUUUGUAAAGAUUGAAACCCUAAAAUCAGAACUCUAAAGAUGAAAGCCAUAUGAAAAAUAGAUCAAAUCCUAAAGAGUAAAUCGGAGCUCGAAUAAGUCUGAUCUCCUAAACCAUAAUUCGAGAUUGAUCCAUUGAUCAAUUAAAAUCAAAGUCUUAAUGAUUUUAAAUCUCAAAUCAAAUUCCCUUGAUCAAAGAUCAAAGUUUCGAAAACCCUAAAACCCUAAAUUGGAAAAUCGGUUUUAAUUGUUUGAUUUGAAACUUGAUUGUUUUACUUGAUCACCUAGAAAGAUUGCUAGGAUUGUUUAAACUCGAAUCUGAAUUGCUUGACUUGUUUAAACUAAAAAACUUGAUAAGCCCUUGAUUAUAUCAUCUCGUGGCCGUGUGGCCUUAUUGCCUUCAUACUCGAACUUGAUCACUACUGAUUGAUUGCAAUUGAACUUAGAUCUAAUUCCAGGGAUGAUGAAUUGAACUAAAAUAGCCGUGUGGCUCAUCUUGGCCGUAAGGCAUUGCUUGAAUGUUUAAAUGUUUAAAAACACUUAAUCUUGAUUUAUAUUCCUAAAGGCUUUGAAACCUUAAUCUUAAAAUCGAAUCCUACUAAUGUUUAAACCGAAACCCUAGAAUUGAUUAAGAUUAUUUGCAUACAUAUGAAUCUGAAUAUGGAUUGCAUUCAUACUGUUUAAAAGGAAUCGACCAGCAUCUAGUUUAUAAAAUCUUGAAACCGUUUGCAUUAAGUAGAACUACAUGGCCGUGUGGCUUGAUGAUUGUUUCGCACCAUGGUCGAUUAGAUUGCUUGAUUUUCAUAAAUGCGUAAGACAUGUUUGUGGCCGAGCUUGUCGAUUAUCUUGCGGCCACAUGAUCACAUUGUGAGACUUAAUUUUGAAUGAUGAUGUGAUUCAGAUGUCGAAAAUCUCAAACAAAGACUAUGCAGCCCUUAAUCUCUCCGGAGAUAACUACUUGCAGUGGGCGCUAGAUACAAAGAUCAGUCUAAGGUCAAAGGGACUUGGUGAUACUAUCAUCAAGGGCAACAAUGAGACCGAUAAGAAUCGGUACAUGGCUAUAAGUAUUAUACGCCAUCACCUCAUUGAAGGUCUAAAACAUCAGUACAUCACGAUGGAAAAUCCACUAGAACUUUGGAAUGUUUUACAUCAUAGAUAUGAUCAGCAGAAAACGGUGUUACUUCCAAAGGCUAGAAACGACUGGAAGAAUCUUAGAUUCUUGGAUUAUAAGUCGGUGGAUGAGUACAAUUCAGUCUUAUUUAAGACGGUCUCGAUGCUGAGACUUUGUGGUGAAGUAGUAACCAAAGAAGAGUUACUUGAGAAGACUUACUCUACAUUCCAUUCAUCGAAUGUGAUACUGCAACAGCAGUACAGAAUGAAAGGCUUCGCCACAUAUACUGAUCUGAUCUCGUGCCUGCUUCUGGCCGAGGCAAACAAUGAGCUCCUGAUGAAGAACAGUGAAGCUAGACCUGUUGGAACAGCGCCAUUACCGGAAGCUAAUGAGAAUGAAAAGAAAGAACCCAACGAGUGCAAUUACGUCCAAAACAAUAAGAAAUCACACGGCAAUGGCCGUGGUGGUUACAAGGGGCGUGGCAGUGACAAUUACUCGAACAGCCGAGACAACUACUCGACCGGCCGGAAAGGAAACCAUAAUAACCGUGGUCGUGGUUCCAAUUAUGGCCGUGGCCGAGGUAGUUAUGGCCGUGGUCGAGACGGCAUAUCCAAACCGUCUUACUCGACCAAAUCCGUUUGUCACAGAUUUGGAAUGGAAAACCAUUGGGCCAAGAACUGUAGAACCCCUAAGCACUUAUGUGAGCUCUACCAAGAAAGUCUAAAGAACAAGAACCCGGAGGCUCACAUGGUUCACGAUUCCGGAUAUGAGGCCGAUAAUGAUUCCGACAUUGCUAAAGAUGACCAGAUGGACUUUGAGACUUCUGAUUGUCUCAAGGACUAAAUUUCGAUACGACUUGUCUUAUUGCUUUAUGAUUUGCUUUGUUGUUUCACGAUUUUAUAAAUAUAUAUUAAGAAUUGAUUUUGAAUUCAUUAUCUUGCCUGAUCUUACUUGAACAUAUAAAUAAUUUUAAAGAGUUGCCUAAAGGGCAUAAUACCCAAGUAAGAAAUCGUGAAAGAAGUAUAGUAAGCCUGGUAAAGAAACUAUGGCUAAAGGCAUUAUACACACCCAAUAAAAUGUGACCCAUUGAGUUAUGAUAAUACGGUUUCUAAAUAGAAACAAUGGGCAAACAGAAGGAAACAAGUUCCUUCGGAUUCAAAGAAA